AUGGAGCUGGUACCACUGCAAAGUAUUACAGCCGAAAAAGUCGCUAAGGCGUUUUACGAGAGCUGGAUCACCCGAUUUGGGGUUCCCUAUCAGGUCAUUACAGACCGGGGAGUACAAUUUACAUCGGAGCUUUUUCGGUCACUAACAACUAUAUGCGGAAUUAAACUACAGCAUACGACGGCCUACCACCCACAAAGUAACGGAAAAGUUGAGCGGCUCCAUCGGACGCUGAAAGCAGCGAUUCGAUCACAUGGUACUAAAACAUGGACGGACUCAAUACCAACAAUUCUCUUAGGGCUGCGAACAGCAUUAAAAGAAGACUCGGAUUACUCCAUAUCACAAAUGGUUUACGGGACAACAAUCAAACUACCAGGUGAAUUUUUUGUCAAGUCAAAAAUGUCAAUAUCACCGGAAACCUUUAUUAGUAGGCUACAGAGUCAGAUGGAAGCGGUAAGACCAUGCACUGCUAGAUACAGAACAAAUUUGAAGAUAUUUGUGCAUAAAGACCUGAAGACAUGUUCGCACGUAUUUGUAAGGACAGAUAGAGUGAAGAAACCACUCGAACCUGCUUACGAGGGACCAUUUAAAGUGCAAAGUAGGAAUGAGAAAUAUUUCCGGGUACAAAUACAAGGAAAAUCGGCACGCAUUUCCAUUGAUAGAUUGAAGCCAGCCUAUAUGUUAAUAUCAAACGACCAGGACCGAAUUGUACCGGAAUCAGCCGACGGAACGUUGCCAAAGAAAGAGGUACCAGUGGAGAAGCCACGAGUAUCUCGAACAGGAAGACUGAUCAAACGUCCAGUGCGUUUUAAUAGUAAUGUAGAAUAUUCGUAUAAUUAA